AUGAUCAUCGGGUCCGACGGAUUGGGUUUUAAAGAUCCCAUUUCUCUUCACAUCGCACGCGGCGACCUCGCCGAAAGGUUGGUAAUCCAGCGCCGUCACCGCGAUACCCACACCCCAUGUGGCUUGGAAACGAAAGCACUCGACCAUCUGGUCCACAUCCCAGAACUGCACGAGCCCGUCGUUUCGGCCGGAGACGACCAAAUUCACAAACGAAGAAGCGUUUUUGGCUUUGACAAUAAUAGGAAGCAAACAGGACAGGAGAUCCAUCGCGGGGGCGCUUGUGGGGAAGCUUAG